CCACAGCGUCAUACCACCUGAAGUAUGCCUCUACCUCUCCAGCGACAGUUCAGUUGCUCCGGUGCAGUCAUAGCGAUCGCAGCGGCGGCUGCAACUGGAUCCCUCUUUCAUAUUCAUUGGGUUCUUUGCCAAGGCUUUGCAACUUCGCCAUGGAGCUCCCAGUUUCCAACUCUUCAGAGGAACACUGGGCGCAGUGGGUUGCAAGCUUUGCGUGGUGGCUUGAGGCAGAGCUUUUGGGAGGAGGAAAUUGUUCAGGAGCAGUGGAAAACACUUCUGGAGCGGAUGAAUGACCGUGUGAUGCUAAUUGAGACUGGCUUGGAGAGUGCUCAAGACAAGGUGGAUGUCGUAUCCCAUUCGCCAGCGGCUCCUGCUCUCUGGAUUUUGAUUAGUUUGCUUGGUGUUACCUGUCUUCUUUUCUCCGUCAUCGGCUUGUACUGUAUGUUUUCACUGACCUUGACAGCCAGGCAAAUUAAAGAAGUCAAACGCCCUGCUCUCCGCGCUGUUCUUCAUGCAUUAGCAUUAGAAACUCCUUCACCGGACAGAACAUUGGACGCAGAGGUGACUCGACGAACUUUGAGGUUUUUCAGAAAAAUUGCUCCGCCCAUUGCCCUCGCCGAGAGUGUAGCAGCAGCAAUGCAACGAGAGCAAGAAGAGCGAGCCGCUGCUUCACGUGGGUAUUCAUCCGUACGCAUUUCGCGAAGGGAUGGCGGGACACCUUGGGAUGUUGAAGUAUCUUCAAUUGGAGCAGAUGCGGAAAUUUCAGUUGCUGUGGAGGCUAUGGAUGUUCGCAUCCGCCAGAGGAUGCUGGAUGCUGCAGACAUUGGGCAGCCAAAUUUUUCGUCCUCAGACCUCUUGGAUGAGUUGAACCAGGCGCAGCUGGAUGGCGAUGAUCUGCAUAGUUCAGCGGGCGGUCCUCAACCGUUCCAGGCGCACCACAAACGUCUUCCAGAUUUUGCGGAGCGUGCUGGGUCGCUGCUGCGGAAGGCUUUCGCUUCUCCAGAAGAUCAGCGAGCGUUGAUGAUAGCGUUGUCCAUGGCUGCUGGAGCUUUACCAUGGAACCGGUGGCGCUUCAAGGAGGAAACUUUGUGUAGCCUUGUCCAUCUAGGUGCGGACUCAAGAGCAGUUGUAGCCUUGCUUUUGCACGAUCUUGAUGAAUGCCUUCAACAACCAUGGGCAGUGGUUGCCAAGGUCUUCAUCAAGUGCCCAGAACUUGGAGAGGAAGUGGUUAACUUGAUUGAUGAGAAGAAAAGGCUGGAACAACUUUCUCUACUUUUCUACCUUCGUGCUUUGUCUGAGGACAGCGCUACUUGCCACAGCCAGGAGAGGCUGGCGGCUUCUCAAUUGGCUCGACUCCUGUACCUCAGAGGUUCGAAGGACUAUCGAGCUGCUUUGGUUGAGAUUGCUGAGGCUGAGCAGAUCCUUCGCAAUCUUUCCAGUGUCGCUUCCAGAUUUGGACUCCCUGAUGAGGGGAGGGCACUGGCUCGUUGUGUUCUGGACCUUCAUGUCCCUCUUGCACACGGCCUUGGGUUCGAUGCGUUGGCAAGCAGAGGCAGCAGCAACGAGCGCAUCACGCCAUCAUUGGAAAACCGAGCUUUGCGACUUUACUUUCCAGAGGACUACAGCAUGAUAGAGGCGUGGAUGCGCGAAGAGGAUGAACUGUUGAAUCGGACACUUCAACGAUGUCUUCGAGAAGUGCGAAAGGCCUUGGAUGCAGAUCCUGACGUAAGAGCUUUGGCGACUUGCAAGGUGAGAGGCCGGGUGAAGAGCGUCUACAGUGUCGUGAAGAAACUUUUACGACAAAGAGGCGUAUCUCGAGAAGACUUGAAAGCGCAAGCCCUCAAGGACCUGCUCGCUUUGGAAGUUGUAGUGGAUCCGGAUCCGUCUGCAGAGGUCCCAAGCAAUCCUGAGUGGCUGGCAGAAGAGUGGCGCGAACGAGCAGCAUGCUUCGCUGUGCUGGAUACCCUACAACGGUAUGCAAAAUUGACCAAAGGAUGGUCGAUUCUGCCAGGAUCUACCAAGGACUACAUUACCAAAUCCAAAAAAUCUGGGUACCGCGCUUUGCAUAUAACGCUAUGCACAAAUGUCACAACUCAGAUGCCGAAAGCAUCCAGCCGCGCAAUGCAAAGAACGCUCGACAAAAUGACUUGCAAAUUGGAGGUGCACGUGUUCUCUGGCUCCAUGAAGCAAAAAGAGCUCAAGGGAUUGGCAUCACACCAUUUGUACAAGGCUUUGGAGCUCACUCCGGAUGAAGUUUUUGGGUCCUUGGGUGGUCGGGCUGCGGAUUCUAUUGCUCCUUCGGAAUUGAGACGUGCUGUUUGCCCACUCGAGAACCUUGACCUCUUUGGCAAGGCUUUCAGUACAAACUAUGCUGACCUGGAGUUUGAGAAGCUUUGCUCCAGCUGUGGACGGAGCCAGGAUGGGAGGUUGACACUGGUCGAUGUUCAGCAAGCUCAGCAUCAAGUGUCCAAGCGUGUCGAGGAUUUUCGAAGAGCUUUGGAGCAGCGCAAUGCUAAAUGGUGGGUGCAUGGUGUUCAGAUGGUUGGAUUAUGGCAGCGUGCUGCUUCUUGGGAUUGGGCGAAGUAUGCUGCAGAGCUGGACCCGCAACAGAAGGUGGCAAUGCUUCAAAAAGCCUUAGAGAUGACGAAAAAGGCCCACGCUGGACAGGUGCGCCAAUCCGGAGAUCCCUACUGGACUCAUCCACUUUCUGUGGCAGACAUUCUCGCGCGGGCAUUGUUACCACCUUCAAAACCGAUUUGGGAGCCACCUCGCUUAAGCGUGGAACCAGAAGCUUUAGAACAGGAUGCUCAACGUCUUUGGCCACGCAUCGCGGAGGGGCCUGAUGACAUUUUUGCCAUGUACACGGCCGCACUGUUGCAUGACACAGUUGAGGACACCAGCAUGACAGUGGAAGAGAUUGAGGACACCUUUGGUCCGGUUGUGGCAUCGCUGGUUGAUGGAGUCACCAAGGCCUCUCAAGCCUCCUGCAAAUCCCGAGCAUCCAGAUCAGCACAAGAUUUGCGGAAGGUGCUGACACGGGCAGCGCAAGACGUGCGGGUCCUCGUGAUCAAGUUCGCAGAUCGCUUGCACAACAUGCGCACGCUGGAGCACAUGCCAUCGUCAAAGCAGCGCAGGAUUGCCGAGGAAACAAGAGCUGUUUAUGUUCCUCUAGCCGAGCGAUUUGGGGUUCAUAUUUGGAAGACGGAGCUUGAGGAGCUGUGCUGCAGAUAUUUGAACGGCUUUGCUUAUGAGGAGGUGUUGGAAAAAAACCAACGCGCCAAGGUUGCCAGAUUUCGCAAUCGCCGAUACAUUGAACAGUAUAUCCGAACAAUGCUCGUUGAAAUGCAAGUAGACUCCGUUUUGCAGAUCUCCCUCAGUGAGGAACCACCUCACACGCAAUUGCGACGGUGGGCAGAGCACCCUGAAACUGACAGUCCUCAGCCCAUUCCUCGUGUGCGCAUUGUCACCAAGGACCGGGAUACUUGCUGGGCGUGUCUUGGGAGAAUUCACUCAAUCUUGCCGCCCAUGCCGGGACGUUUGCGAGAUUACAUUUCUUCACCGAAGGAGAACCUCUACAUGUGCUUGCACACCACUGUCCUCCUGGAUGGCACAGCUGUAGAGGUUUACAUCCUCAGCUCAGAGAUGGAUUGGGUGGCAGAGUUUGGAGUUGGUGCAUAUUGGCGCCACAACGAGGAGCUCCAGAACACGGACACUGGGCGUUCGCUGCUCGCUGCUCUACAUUCCUCCUGGAUUUUGCAGGCAAACCAGUCUUUGACCCACAGCCUACAAAGUUUGGAGGCCAUGGACCACUCAUCGUCGCAGCACGCCCGCAAAGUUCCAAGAGAUGCAAGCCUCACCGGAGCGCAAGUGCCACUUCCCAGCCAUGCAAGUGGAAGGGCCAGCAUUGGAAUGGAAUCCACGGGCGGCGAGAGAGCUGACACAUUGAGUUUGAGAGAGUUCAGAGCAGAUGUGGAUGAUGCUGCGGCUGGCUUGGGCCCAGUCGACCUGAAUUUUGUCCAUGAGAACAACGAAAGUGACACAACAGAAGAAGAUUGCCUUUUUGCUGUGCAGCCCUUGCUGCAACAGAUCUCCAAAGUAGCUUUCAGCUUUGCAGACAGCGAAGGAGACGGAGAUGAUGUUGAGGGUGGUGGUCAGCUUCUGGAAGAACUACACCGCGCAUACAGCGAGGCCUUGCGGGAGAAAGUGGCCGUGUUCACUCCAACAGGACGCGCUUUGUAUUUGCCACGUGAUGCUACGCCGCUGGAUUUUGCAGUUUGGAAUCUAGACACCAAGAAGGGACUACGGGCAGAAGCGGCAUUUAUUGAUGGCCGUGAAGCCCCGUUGAAUGCAAAACUCAGAGAGGGUCAAACUGUCCUUGUGCACCUUCACGAUGGCGAGCAACCUCCUCCUUUGGAGUGGGCUGGUGUGCAUUUGAGGUAUUUGCGAACUGCUCGCGCCAGGGCGGCUCUGGUGGACACAAGGACACGCAUGCUCUCAACAGAGGUUGCGAUCGCGCAAGGCCGCGAUGCCCUUUGCAGGGAAUUGACCCUUCACAGCUUGGAUCUAUCGCUGCAAAAUGCGCUGGGCGACGAAGUCUUGACAGCUCUCGGACGUGGUGCCUUGCCAGUAGAGUUGGUCAGCGGGCAGUUCUUAGCCGCAAGGCUCCACAUGCCGCUGGGAGAUGCUAGCUAUGAGUACACUGGAAACGCAACCAUGGUCUCCUCAGAGAGCAAGGUGUACAGACAGUCCUUCAUGCUAGUUGCAGAGGAUAGACCUGGCCUAAUGGUGGAAGUUGUCGCUGUUGUGAGGGAAUGUGGGCUGGAAUUCCAGCGCUUCAGUGCCGAGCCCUGUGGAGAUUGCCUUUGCAUCAUGGUUGCAGCCGUGGAGACAGACUGCGCACUCAGAUUUGGAUCCUUGAUGCACAAUCUUCGGUGCCUGUACUGAAAAAGCAUGUCCACUUGCAACCAUGUCCACUUGCUCUGAUCACCGUGUGACUGUGUCACCGGCCCUAGUUCGACUGUGCCUUUGUUCGCAGUUUCUGAUUGGAAGCCUGUUCUGCGCAGGUAUCGUUCCGAGCCUUUGCUGCUUUGCCCUCGGUCCAUCUCGGCAGAACUGGUGCCUCAGAGUGCGUUGUGUUUGGAUAGUAUCUACCUUCGGAGCUGCAUCAGGUUGCAAAGGAUCCCAACAGAUUUGGUUGAUGAAGCACUGGAUGAAUGGAUCAGAGAGGUUCCUGCUGCAAUGAAUCAGCCUGUGGGGACAUGGAAGAGAGAGGCAUUUGCUCUAGUGAGGGAACGUUCUCAGGCUUAGUUGCCAAGAGCAGGUGCUUAGGCACUCGUUCAAGAGUAGCAAGCCUUCGGAUCAUUUGAUUUCGGAACAUGGCCGCGCGGCAAUCACAGGUGGCCUGUUUGGCUGUCCGGUCCGUUUGCGCAUUGCGGCCAUUUGUACAUAGUGUUUAACCACUUUGGUUGCGAAAUGUUUGUGCCGAAGUGCUUACUUGUGGUUGCGGUCAAAA